AUGUUCCUGAAAACAUACUGUGCAGUGAGUGUCGCUCGCCGACUUCGGUACCCGGAAGCACGUCAUCGUGUCGUUAUUCAAAUGAACCAUCUCAGUCCCAAAGGCAGAGAUGAGUGGAUAUCCACCGCAGCAGUGCGGAUCAUGUCUCUCAACUGCCAGUUCUCUCUUAUUCUUCCUCAGGAUACAAAGAAUGCUAAUCCAUCGUCUCUUACAAUCGCAGGGGAUCAGUCCCAGAUAGGAGCAGGCACCAAUCACAGCCCGUAUCCCCAAAUCACUAUGUUGACUACCUUCUCCAGAAACACCGAUUUUCAUCACAAGAUAAUCUCUACAUUCGGCAAUACUCGCCCAAGAUUAUCAAUGGCUCCUUCUACAUCCAAGACGACGACUCCCAAGGCGGCCAACACUGCGGGUGUCAAGAAGGCGGUGCGUCCAAAGGGCAGUGGCAAGAAGCAUGGUGCUCGGACUGCCAUGGUCAAGAUGCAAGCUUACUUCAAAGAGAACCGCCCCAAAUACUCCAAGCUCGACUUCAAAGAACAGCAAAAGGAGCUUGGCAAAGACUGGAAAACAUCGGCAGAGAACCCAAAGAACGCGGCCGCAUAA